CGGAGCAUCGGGUCCCUCCUAACUUUCGACUUUUUGAGUGUGGGAGGUGGAAGCAUCUGCUUCAUCUGAAAGCACACGAGCAUAGGCGGAUUAAAAAGACAAGAAAAGUUUGGGGGAAAAUUGAGAAGCAGCUGAGAAAGAUCGUAAUUAACGGCCUUUGCUACCCCUCGUAUAAGUUUCUCGCCGCUAGUUUAAUCCGAUCUUUCCCUAAAAAUGCUUGGCUCGUGGGCGAAACUUUGAGAAUAUUGACCGGUAGUUGUAGGGUUACAGAGCAUGCUGCAGAAGACAAUGAUUCCUCCACGAGUAGCCAAAGGCACCGGAAAUAAGGGGUUAGGGCUCGCUUUUUUUUCGCUUUGGGAAGGUCAGCAACAGCAAACACACCCUCUAAGCUUUGACAUGCGUGGAUGAAGCAACUUUGAAACUCAGUAUUUUUUGUCUCCCUCUUCGACCUCCUUUCAACUCCCAUAUUAAAAGGAACACCACUAAUACUCUCACUAUGUUUUCUCCUGAACAAAGCAGAGCUGAUUCGAUUCAAUCAGUUUUCUCUAUACCUCUGGUCUAAUGGAACGCAGUGACCAGCCUGAUGCGAGGGUAAGUUUGAAGAGAAAAUCACCAGAAUGUGAAGCUGAAGAUGAUCCACUCUCCGACAGUUUUUCUCUGGACGACCUUCCUGAAGACCUCUUUGAAAGGGUUCUUUCAUGGCUACCAACUUCCGCAUUUUUUCGUCUUAUUUCUGUCUCCAAAAGAUGGAAAUCGGUCGCUGCUUCUUCAAGCUUCAAGCUUGCCUGCUCUCUUGUUCCUUCAAGAAAUCCUUGGUUUUUGAUGGUUUCUCCCAAUCUCAACCAAUCUAUCAUCUACGACUCUGCUGAAAACAGUUGGAAAAGGCUUAACUAUCCAAAUCUUCUACUUGAAGAUUCCAACCGAAGCUGCAUGCUAGUUGCAUCCUCCGGUGGCUUGAUUUGUUACCGCAAAUUAUCAGGAAACUUAAUUGUGUGCAAUCCCUUGACAAAAUCUUGUAACGUACUGCCUCCAUUGCAUAUAACCCCACAAAAUCAAUCUCUAAAUGCCAUUGUGAUGAGUGCAACCUCCACCUCCUACAAGAUCGUGUUAAUCCACGGUGAACUCCCGAAUCUGUCAUUUACAGUGUAUGAUUCAAAUUCAACCUCUGGUUGCUGGAAAGAUGAGACUGUAUUGAGGAAAAAUGUUAAUGAUUCCUGUUUAGAGUAUGAUUCAACUGGUGACAACGUUGCUUACUUUGUAAGCAAGGCUGGAUAUGUGGUGGCGAGUGGUAUGCAAUUAGAAAGAAGCCCAUUGAAGCAAUACUCGUCAGUUAUUACAAAAAAAGAUGGUCAGGAAGUUGUCUAUUUUCUUAGCCCUCUGGGAACAAUAGUUGCCUGCAAUCUGACAAAAAAGAGUUACUCUGAGUAUCCGAAGUUGUUACCUGUUUUGUGUGAGUACUCCGUCGAUGUUGUGGAGUGUAAUGGUGAGAUGCUAGUUGUUGUGUUGUCAGAAUUGUUGGAGAGUCAGAGUCUUAGGGUGUGGAAGUAUGAUGAAGCCAAUCGGCAAUGGCACCAGAUUGCUGCGAUGCCUCCUGCAAUGUCCAAUGAGUGGUAUGGCAAGAAGGCUGACAUCAACUGUGUCGGUGCCGGUGAUCGGAUAUUUAUAUGCUUGAACUCCUCUGAGCUAUGUGCUUAUGUGCUGUUUGAUUUGGCGAGCAACGCAUGGGUGGAAUUACCAAGAUGCUGCAUAAAUGGUGAAGUGAUUGAGUUCAUGUCUGCCUUCUCAUUUGAGCCCAGAAUAGAGGCUUCUGUAUGACAAGAUGUCUUGCUUGGCAUCUUGACUUUGAUUAGUCUCCAUUUGUUUAGGCUCCAUCUUGACUUUGAUUAGGCUUAUGUUGUGCAUUUUUUCUUUGAAUCUGUAGCUGAUUGUCUAGUGGAGAGUGGUAUGGAGAUAGGGAUUGAAACUGACUAGUAAUUAAGAAAUACUCUGCCCAUCCUAAGUGUAGGAGCUUGUUUACUAAUUCACAUAAAUUAAAGAAUGGUCAUUUUGUUCA